AUGCUCGGCAAAACCCGGGAACUCAUAUGGGGCGUCAAGCCUUCCAAUCCCGUUGAGGCCCGGCUUCUCGUGAAAAUCGACUGGUUUGUUCUUUCCUUUGCCUGUCUUUUAUACUGGGUCAACUACUUGGACAGACUCAACUUGAGUAAUGCUUAUGUUAGUGGCAUGAAGGAGGAUCUCUCCAUGCACGGCAACGAGCUCAAUGUUAUUAAUACGUGUUUCAACGUGGGCUACAUCGUGGCGCUUAUUCCACACAACUUGAUUUUGCUUCGGGUUCGACCUAGAAUAUGGCUUUCGUUUUGUUCCCUAGCAUGGGGGUUGUUGACCUUUGCCAUGGCCUGGGUUUACGAUUAUAGGGCUCUUUGUGCAAUUCGUUUCUUUCAAGCCACCCUAGAAGCACUGACGUUCAGUGGGUGCCAUCUUUUGUUGGCUUCGUGGUACACAGAAACUGAGUUGGGUAAGAGAACUGCCGUUUUCACAUCUUCGGGUCUCAUUGGCAACAUAUUCUCGCUGACCAUGCAAGCGGCUAUUUAUGAGAGCAUGGAUGACGUCGCAGGGCUAGCCGGCUGGCGCUGGUUGUUUAUUGUGGAUUUCCUCAUCACUGUCCCCAUCUCGGUUUACGGCUUUUUCUGCUUUCCCGAUACGCCUGAAACAAGCCGUGCUUUCUACUUUAGUGAGGAAAAGCGUAUGUUGGCUCAUCUGAGGCUCAAGAAGCGUCCUAAAACAUCAUUCGACUGGACAAUCUUCAAAAGAGUGGUGAGUAGAUGGCAUUGGUGGCUCUUUUCGUUCUUCUGGGUCCUAGGCGGUGAAAACGAGUCUUAUGCCACAAACUCGCUCUUCGCUCUCUGGCUUCAAUACUUUGACUACUCCGUGGCAGACAGAAACCACUUUCCUAUGGGCGUGUACGCUGUGGGAGUUUUGGCAAAUUUCGUGUGCUGCUGGUACAUUGAUGCCACCAACGCACGACAUCACUAUCGAGCGGCUAUUCUCAUUGGCGUGGUGAUGAUAAUCUCGUCAAUAUUGCUCUUGGUGGGGCCACUUUCGACGGGGUACGUUUUCGUUGCACACUAUCUCAGUGGAUUCUCAUACGCUGGACAGCCUGUGUUUUUCUCCUGGGCCAAUGUCGUGUGUUAUGAUGAUUUGGAAGAACGUGCUGUGGUUUUGGCCUCUAUGAACAUGUUCAGCAAUGCUGUCAAUGCAUGGUGGCUGCUUCUCUUUUACGGAGCUUCUACAGCGCCCUAUUUCACCAACGGUAAAUGGGCCAUGAUUGCAACGGCAAUAGCAAGCAUAAUUGUGGCCAUAGCUAUAAGACAUCUCCAAGUACGAGACAACAAAAGGGAGGAGUCUCCGGAGCCUUUCUCAGACAGCUACAAAAUCAACUAG